AGUGCAGAGUGGGAAUAGAAAGAUGGGGGAAAUGUGAAGGGGUCAAAAAAACAUAUUUGUGAAAUUGGCGGGUUUCCCCAACCUCAAACCCUAACAAGCAUAACUCUCUGAGAUUUCUUUGUGGUUGAUGUCAAUCCCAAAUAUGAAUAGCUUGAGAUGCUUCUACACUCGAGCCAACUCUCUCCUCCUCCUCCGAUCUUCCUUCUCUCCGGUCACGAUCCCCGUCCGCCGCCUCUCCUCCGUUUUCGACUCCCUCUCCAAUCAAACCGUCAGCUCCAUCUCAGACGUCGAUACAAAGACACAGGCUUCACCCGGAAUCGCAAAAGGCGCGAUUUCGAGCAGAGGAGAAGACAAACCGGAGGAGAAGCACAGAAGUGGUCGGGGAUGGGAUCCGGGUGAAGUGGUUAUGAACAAGAAGAAAGGCAAAGUGAAGACUUCCUGGGUUUGUGAGAGCUGUGGGCACUCGGAAGGGCAAUGGUGGGGAAGCUGCCGCGCUUGCAACAAAGUUGGGACCAUGCGGCGUUUCUCUGAAGGUCCUGAGUCACGUGCAAGUGGUGGUGGUGGAGCUAGUGGCCGCGGCGGCGGCUCGGAAGGUGCUGGUUUGGCAUGGUUACCUGAGCAUGGAGUUGCGCAGCCACUCAAAUUGAGUUCUGUUAUUGAUGGGAUUACUCAUCAGCAAUGGAGAAUUUCUUUGCCAGGACUGUUUGGGAAUGAAGUUGGGAGAGUGCUUGGUGGUGGUCUUGCACCAGGUUCGCUGAUUUUGAUCGGUGGUGACCCUGGUAUUGGUAAGAGUACCUUGUUAUUGCAGAUUGCAUCUAUAAUUGCUGACGGGAAUGAUUUGGCCCAACCAGCACCCGUCUUGUAUGUCUCUGGUGAAGAGAGUGUCGACCAAAUAGGAAGUCGAGCUGACAGGAUGAAAAUUGAAACAGACGAGCUCUACCUGUUUUCCAGCUCUGAUCUUCAGGAUAUUUUAACGAAAGCUCAUCGGCUCUCUCCGCGAGCUCUCAUCAUUGAUUCAAUUCAAACGGUUUAUCUAAAAGAGGUGACUGGAAGCGCUGGUGGUCUCACACAGGUUAAAGAGUGCACAUCAACAUUGCUGCGUUUUGCUAAGAAAUCAAAUGUCCCUGUUUUCUUGGUUGGACAUGUUACAAAAGCGGGAGAUAUUGCAGGACCUCGUGUUUUGGAGCACAUAGUAGAUGUUGUGUUGUACAUGGAGGGUGAAGAACAUUCAACUUACCGCUUGCUUCGAUCUGUGAAGAAUCGGUUUGGGUCGACUGAUGAACUUGGAGUUUUUGAAAUGUCGCAAGCCGGGCUUGAAGUGGUCUCAAACCCUAGUGGCAUAUAUCUUAGUCAACAGAACACAGAUUCAGAUGUUUUAGCUGGAUUAGCUGUAGCAGUUGUUAUGGAUGGAUCUCGGAGUUUCCUCAUUGAAGUUCAGGCGUUGUGUGCGACUGGCUCAACAGUUUCAAGGCAUGUCAAUGGUGUUCAAGCAAGCAGAGCUGACAUGAUAAUUGCGGUUCUUAUGAAGCAAGCUGGACUUAGGAUUCAGGAAUCUGGUAUCUUUCUGAACGUUGCUAACGGGAUGGCUCUCUCUGAGACUGCUGGUGACCUUGCAAUAGCAGCAGCAAUUUGUAGCAGUUUCUUGGAGUUUCCAAUUCCUCACGGUGUGGCAUUCAUCGGCGAGAUUGGUCUUGGAGGCGAAAUUCGCACGGUACCAAGAAUGGAGAAAAGGGUAAGUACGGUGGCAAAGCUAGGUUUCACCAAAUGUGUGGUUCCCAAAUCAGUGGAGAAGUCACUAAAAUCGCUAGGUUUGAAAGAGAUUGAGAUCAUUGGGUGCAAGAAUCUGAAAGAGUUGAUCAAUUCUGUGUUUAGGGGAUAAUCAGAGUAAUCAAACCUUUUUUUUUCUGUACUUUCUUUUUCAGCUCAGUACAUUUAAGGGGCUUAAACCAUAUUCGGAGAGUAAUCUAUAAUUAAUGCCUUUGUGUCAAAGAAAAUAUAUUUUAUCUUCUUUC